AUGGGUGGCGACGGAAAGGUCUUUACUUUGGCGGAGGUCUCCGACCACACCACUUCCAAUGACUGUUGGAUCGUCAUCAGUGGCAAGGUAUAUGAUGUGACAAAGUUCUUGGAGGACCAUCCUGGUGGUGAUGAGGUUUUGUUGACAGCCACUGGGAAGGAUGCAACCGAUGAUUUUGAGGAUGUUGGGCACAGUACCAGUGCAAGAGCGAUGCUGGAUGAAUUCUAUGUGGGCGACUUUGAUACAUCAACUGUCUCCACCCAGACCACGUAUACUCCUCCCACACAGCCUCAAAACAGUCAAGGAAAUUCAUCAGAUUUCAUCAUCAAGCUGCUUCAGUUCUUAGUUCCCCUGAUUAUCUUAAUCGUGGCUCUUGGCAUCCGUUCCUAUACCAAAUCACCGGCUUAAUGAUGGAGCGCGCAAGGAAUUGGAAUGCAAUUCUUAAUAAUAAGUUUAUCCAAUAAGACCCUGCUCUUUUUGUUAUCAUCCACCAAUACUGUUAAGAUUCAGUGGAUGGUACAAUGUUUCGACUUUUAAGUGGUAAUCAGUAUGUGCCUGUUUUCCUUUGCCAUUUACUUGUUGAGACUCGUGGUUUGCCUCAUUGAUAUGCCACCCUGAAAGUUGUCUCGUUUCGUUUGUGUCACUUUAUUUAUUUGGAGGAUCUAAUGAAGGUAUCUGUCUACCUAUGAGAAACCACCAACACCAUUUGUGGUUUGAGCUAUCGCACCUUGGUUACUUUCACCCAUGAAAAUUGGUUUUUGCUAGAGGCUUUUCAAUGAUGCAAUGUUUAUGAUAAAUAAUGCUCGGAAAAGCAUUUUGCUUUGCUUACCUUAAAGCCUCUCU